UUUCCCCUCAAAAAGAUUUUUCAAUAUUUCAUUUCUCUAUUUCCCGUCUCUUCUUGCAAGUAACUCUGUGAGAGUUUGACUAAGAGAGAAAAUGGAAGAAAUGGCUUCUUUAUGGAGUUAUCAAGAGACUUAACGCAGUUGCUGUCAUGUGACCAUGAGGUCACUGUUCAAGCCGUGGAACAGCGGCCUCUUGUAGAGAUGCAGACUCUAGAUGAAAUGAGGCAGAAGCUUCUGUACAAUAGUCUUGAACUUGAACAAUUGAAGGUUGAAAAAUAUGAAGAAAUGAGGAAGAACAAAGAAUAUGUGCAGCAAUUAAUCCAACUAUUAAAGAUGAUUUGUCAAGAAAGAGAUGAAGCAAGAGAACAACUUCAGAAACUACUCAACAAACUAUCUCAUGUUCAAGUUGAUAAUAGUCCUCAUUUGAAGGCUACAAAAGCAAAUUCAAGCAUAACUGAAUCAAACAGCCUUUCUGAAACAUACAAUUACCAAUCACAUAAUUCAUCCCCAGUCGAGUCAUUUUUUGAUGCAGUUUCAUCCCCUGAAUUUUCCAACAACAACAUGGCUGAAUCAAAUGCAUUAGCCUAUGAUUGUAACGUUCGAUUCUCGGACAAUUGUGUCCCUCAAUUGGUCCCAAAAGUUGAUCAGGCUACAUUGGUUAUUGACAAUCUUGUAAAGGGGAAAUCUUUGCCACAGAAAGGGAAACUAUUGAAGUCUGUUAUUGAAGCAGGGCCACUUUUGCAAACACUUUUAGUUUCAGGACAACUUCCUCAAUGGCGAAAUCCGCCUCAGCUUAAGGCGUUUAAUAUUCCACCAGUUUCAAUUAAAGGGUUUGAAGCAGAGAUAACAAAUCAGAAUCUUGUUUCAAGAUCAUUGCAUUCUCAGCCUUAUUUUGAGAUGUCAUGUGGAUCUUUAGUGUCUACGCCUAUGUUAAACUUUGCUAAUUCUGGCUAUGUUUCCUGUUUGGAAAAUCAGAGAUUGAUAUCUGCUGGUCCAAAUAUGAACAGUUUUGUCCUAGGAAAGAGACAAAGGUUGCAGUGAAACAAACUUGUAGGAUGAAAAGCCUAUGCUUCCAAUUUUUGUAUAAAGCAGAUUGCCUGGUGUAAAUGGCUAUAUUGAGUUUUAACAUUUUCCACAAGAUAAUUGUUAAGUUGGAUGGAUAUGUUGUCAUAUAAAAUGAGAUGGUUUAAUCAUCUCCUAGAUAGAUUUUGA